CAACCAUCUCUGAUCUCGACUGCGUUCCGACAGUUCUCGGAGACGGCACGCAGCGCGAUCAGCUCGACGCUGUUCGGCAUCGUCGUCAAUAACGCUGACCGCAAGGCGGUGCACGCUAAUCCUAGUCAGGCGGCAGGGAUAUUUGGCUUUGCAUCGCACACGGCUUGAUUCUUACACACUUGCCAAUAUCCCAUUGCUAUCUUCCUGUUCAUUUCAAGCACUGCUGCAUACCACGAGACACCAUGCCUGACGGCUACGACUACCUCUUCAAGCUGCUGCUCAUCGGUGAUUCUGGCGUCGGGAAAUCCUGUUUGCUACUACGAUUUGCCGAGGAUGCGUUCACAGACAGCUACUUGAGUACGAUUGGCGUCGACUUCAAGAUUCGUACGAUUGACUUCGAAGGGAAAACGAUAAAGCUGCAGAUCUGGGACACAGCAGGCCAAGAACGCUUUCGUACAAUUGCCGCCGCAUACUACCGAGGGGCACACGGUAUCAUCGUCGUGUACGAUGUGACAGACGGCGAGUCGUUCCAGAAUGUGAAGGGCUGGUUGCAGGAGAUUGAGCGAUAUGGGUCUGAGACCGUGAAGAAGCUCCUCAUAGGUAACAAGUCUGAUCUCGCUGAACGGAGGGUCGUCGAAUACGAUGCAGCGAAGGAAUUCGCUGAUCAGCUAGAAAUCCCAUUCGUGGAGACCUCUGCAAAGACAUCGACGAAUGUCGAAGAAGCUUUCCUAACCAUGUCGAAACAAAUUAAGGAUAGCCUGGACACGCCUUCCGAGACUGCCGGCGGAUCCAAGGCAGGCGUGAUUACACCGGGACGAAGCCUAGAUGACCACAAUUCAGGAGGAUGCAGCUGUUAACACGGCGCAUUCCCGCCUGCAAUAUCUCAAGCUUCAUACCACAAUCCACAGAUGCCAGGGAUGCGGAAUGAGGAGUGCUUGCAUGUGCACAUGUCACCUAUUUAGAUCGCUUUAUAUCAUGAUUGCUAUAUUCCUGCGGAUUAGUAUACUGUAUGCAUACCAUUUCUAGAUACCUCAAUGCAUUGUCCAUGGACACCGCCAUCUUGGCACGGCUUCGCUGUGGCCAUUUGGUGCGAAUAUAUAUUGUCAUCCCUCUCGUGC